UCAAUAGAUUAAUGAGAAAAGAAAAACAAAAGACAAAAGAAUUGAAAUCAUAAUGUUUUCGAAUUUUCUCGAAAGCUUAUACGAGGGAAUCGGAGACGAUGUUGACGCCACCGCCGACGACGAAGAAGACAACACGAGCACCCGGAUAUCUUCACCGCAACAAAUACACGAUUAUUCCGAUAAAAACGCCGUUCGUUUGUCACCGGAAGAUGAGGCUCAAGCGCGUGGGGUUAAAGACGAUUUGACGGAGCUUGGACAUACCCUCACGCGUCAAUUUCGCGGCGUUGCUAACUUUCUCGCUCCGUUACCAGAUGGAUCCUCUUCUUCUUCUUCCUCCUCCGAUCUAUCGAAUCAUCAUCAUCAUCAUCAUCAUCAUCAUAGGUUGAUGAAUCAAUCGCGGUCUUCAGAUCCUGAGUUGUACCAAUCGCGUUCUUCGGAUCUUAGACUGGAUCAAUCUCGGUCUUCAGAUCGGGACGAAUCGUGUGUUGGAAGUGAUACGCCGGAGACUGGAAUUAGGGUUAGGAGCUGGGAUUUGGACGAAAAAGGUAUCCAACAUGUGUUUAAUGAUCCUGUUGUUGAGGAGGAAGAAGAAGAAGAAGAAGAAGAAGAGGAGGAAACUGAUGAAGAAGAAGAAGAGAUCGCUGCGGUUGCUCUAACCGACGAAGUGUUGGCAUUUGCGAGGAACAUAGCAAUGCAUCCAGAAACUUGGUUGGAUUUUCCUCUUGAUCCUGACGAAGAUCUUGAUGAUUUGGAAAUGACUGAUGCUCAAAGAGGUCAUGCUUUAGCUAUUGAACGUCUUGCUCCGAGGUUAGCUGCAUUGAGAAUUGAGCUUUGUCCAUGCCAUAUGACUGAUGGUUACUUCUGGAAAGUCUAUUUUGUUCUUCUUCUUUCAAGGCUCAAUAAACACGAUGCUCAUCUUUUGUCUUCCCCACAGGUGAUGGGUGCAAGAGCAUUGUGGAUGGAAGAGCUUCAGAAUCAAACCCAUUCUUCUAAAGAAAGUAGAGAUAAGAUUCUUGAAGAAGACAUUACACCGUCAACUUCAAAUUACUACAACCAUGCUCCUCCUGAGUUUUUGUCUCCAAGAAUAUAUGCUUUUGAACCUCCUUCAAUCAUGUAUCGUGAUUUCGAACACGGGUCUGAAAACGCUCAGUUCAUCGAUAAGGCUGUUAUUGAUGAGAAACCAAUCCAGAAGAAUGACAAAAAUAGUGCAAGUCUUAGCCAAACACCUAAUGAUGACAAUGAUGAUGAUGAUGAUGAUUGGCCAGAAGAAGAAGAUUCUGCUAAUUCUUGGGCUCCAAUGUUCACAGUGAAUGAGGAUGAUGUUUCUUUCAGUGAUCUAGAAGGAGACGAUGAUAUAAGUUGCUUAGCACUCAAGUCUAAGAUUACAUCAAAGGGCGCAAACCAAAAAGAAUCAUGAACCGUCAUCUGGCUUGUUGCUCUGCCCUGUCUCCACGAGCUCGAAGCAAAUAGAAUUGAACAUAAAGAUGUGUGCUGAGUCAAAUCGUGGAAAGUCAUCUGGGCGAGUUUGAUUGUUUGUGGUUCUAAUGAUGGUUGCUCUCAAACAGAAGAAAGAAAAAAAAAAGGUUUUGAUUGAAACACAUGUACAGAAGAUUACUUUGAUCACUUCAAAUUUCAUUUGUAUUGUUCUCACUCUCUCUCUGUAUCGCCUAUGUAAUGAAGAUAUUGAAAGGCAUUAAACUUAGAUGAAAUGUGUUUAGUA